AUGACGGCAACAACGGCUGUGGCUAAGAGAAUUGUUGUAGCUGGAGGGAGCGGCUUCCUUGGAGCGAGAAUAUGUCAAUCAGCUGUAGCUAGGGGGUGGGAAGUUGUGUCAUUAAGCCGUCACGGAGAACCGACAUGGGACACAGUCAGCCCUUCGGGCCAGGCCCCACGAUGGGCACAAAAGGUUGAAUGGGCAAAAGCAGAUCUCCUAGACCCCAGUUCGUACAGGGAGUAUCUUAAGAAUGUCUCUGCUGUUGUACAUUCGAUGGGCAUUAUUCUGGAGGCAGACUAUAAGGGCAUAUUACAGGGAAAGGAGUCUCCUAUUACCGGGAUACAGAAGAUGGUUGGGUCCUUUGCGGGCGUAACAACUGGCCCGGGCAAAAGCCAAAUGACAUAUCGAACAAUGAAUACGGAAUCAGCUAUCUCGCUUGCCAAAAAGACAACCGAGGAAAAUAUCCCAACCUUCGUCUAUAUAUCAGCAUCCUCUGGAGCUCCGAUCAUACCGCAAGGGUAUAUACUGUCCAAGAGAGAAACUGAAUCCUCUAUUAUGUCCAUGUUUCCAAAUCUGCGGAGUAUAUUUGUGAGACCGACCUUCAUGUACGACUCAUCUCGCAGGCUAUCUUUGCCCAUAGCGGUGGGAGGUAUGAUAGCUUCGGAGGUUAAUUUGUUAACUGGCGGAAAGCUCUCGGCCUUGGGCUCUAUGGCAGAAAAGCCUCUCAAAGUCAGCGUCGUUGGUGAAGCCGUAGUUGAGUCGAUCGAUGACGGUGACGUGGAUGGCGUCGUUAGCCCGAAGAAGAUUGAAGACCUAGCAACCAAAGGUUGGAGGAAAACGAUGCUUUGA